CGGCACAGGCUCUGCUGGGCGGCCGUCGGGAGCGCGCAGGCGCGGCGGGGGCUCGGGGAGUGCGGAGUAACGGCUCGGCGCGCGGUGAUCAUCAUCCAGUGAGCUGUCAGACCACAAGAAAACAUGGGGAGGAUUUUCCUCACGGGCGAAAAGGCUAAUUCAAUAUUAAAACGCUACCCAAGAGCAAAUGGGUUUUUUGAAGAAAUAAGACAAGGCAACAUUGAACGUGAAUGCAAAGAAGAAGUCUGCACGUUUGAAGAAGCCAGAGAAGCUUUUGAAAAUACUGAGAAAACCAAAGAGUUUUGGAACACCUACACAAAAGCUCAACAAGGAGACAAUAACAGAGGAAGUGACUGGUUUCAGUUUUAUCUUACCUUUCCUUUAAUCUUUGGUCUCUUUAUUAUCCUCCUUGUCCUUUUCCUAAUCUGGAGAUGCUUCCUAAGAAACAAAAUUCGCAGACAGACAGUGACUGAAGGCCACAUUCCUUUCCCUCAACACCUUAAUAUCAUCACUCCUUCUCCCCCACCAGAUGAAGUGUUUGAUAGCAGUGGCUUAUCCCCAGGCUUUCUGGAAUAUGUUGUUGGGCGUUCAGAUUCCGUCUCCACUCGUCUGUCCAAUUGUGACCCCCCACCGACCUAUGAGGAAGCCACUGGGCAGGUGAAUCUGCAGAGGAGUGAUACGGAGCCUCAUUCAGAUCCACCACCUGAGUACGACGACAUCAUCAACUCCAGCUCUGCCAGUGCCAUUGCCAUGGUGCCUGUGGUCACCACCAUCAAAUGAAGCUCCCAACUUUUUACUAUAAUCAUUUUUAAAAUACUAAUGAAAGAAAUUUCUAGCACUUUACCACUACAUAAAUGUGCAUUCAUCUAUUUUAUUGAACUCUUAAAGCAUACCACUCUUUUAUAGUUUGAUUUGAUUUUCAUGGUUUCCUGGUAUAAAAUUAUGAUUCCUGCUAAUUUUGGCUCAUGGAAAUAGGUCUAGGUGGGAAAACAUAAUAGCGGAUGAUUCCGUGUGAUGUGAUGAGGUUAAUUCUGUGCAUAUAUGCAUGUGGCCAGUAUAUCUGUAACUGUCUCACUCCUAUCCAAAUAAUUUGUAAAGAAAACAUUACUCACCAAAAUUGGGGAUGAAAGACAUGAACAAUUUGUGAAAUAGUCAGCAACAUACUAUUGAAUUCUAAAUGUAAGCUGAACCUAUCAUGUUUUCUAAUUCAUAGUGGCUUUUAUUAACCUUUUCCUUCAACUAUCAUGAAAAAAACUGCACAGUCCACCUUGAUGUUUAGAUACAUUUCAGAGAUAUGUGGCGGGAAGCACAAUAGUCAGUAACUUAUGGCAUAGCAAGAACAUCAUUGCUCUUUAUUGGCAUUUGAAUAAUACUGCACGAGGGAUUUUUGACUGUCAUGCUUCUCACACACACAAAAUAUUUAAACUGUGUUUGCUUAGUACCUCUGAAUGCCUUAGGCUCUUUGUAUUACCAUCUUGGCGGAAGGAUUUCCUGCCAAACAGAAUACUGAUUACUCUCUUGCUCAUUUGUGACAGUAAUUAUUUCUUUUUCUCUUUAAUUGCCUUUUACUCUACUCCUCACUCCCUCUCCCACCACCCAGAUCUUUAUUUAAGCACCUAAGAGUUCAGUUAAGAUAAAAUUUUUGAAAUUUUUUUCCUUAGUGUUUUUAGAGAGACUGAAGUGUUUGCCUUUGGAUGAUUAAGAGGCAAUUUUCCUUUAGAUGAAGAACUGUGAUUUUUUUUAUAUAUUGCUCUCCAAUCAGUGGAGUAAGAUUACGAAGUUUGUGUUGUGCCAGGUGCACAAUAAUAAACCUAGCAAGAGCUUCAUGUAGAUAUCAUUUCUGUUGCUUUUUGAUUUUGUAUUUUCAUUGAAUCAUUCUUUACUUUUUCUCUUGAAGGAGAGGGAACAGGUAAUGAAUGAACUGCCAACAUAAAGUGGCUCCAAAAGAAAAUCAGUGCAUCCUAUGAACUUCCAUGGUGUAUGCACUGAUAGAAAAUUUAUUACAGGGAAUGGAUGAAUUUUCAGGGAAAACGUCAGCACCUUUUUGGUGUUGGAUAAAAUGGUUGAGAAGUUAGAGGGAAAACAGAAUUCCAUGUGCCAUACCCUGCAUCCUCCAUCUCCCUCAACACUUCCCUCCAUCCUGCUCUGGAAACCAAAGGAAGGGGAAUGCUAGUGGGGAGCACUCAGAACUAGGAGUCUGAUUCCAUUCUGCAACACAUUUGCCACGGUACCUUAGGGAAGGAAGACUCUCAAAUUCCUUCUGCCUUUCUCCAGGGGCUUUAAAUGGAUUUAACAAGAUGGCAUGUGUGGCAGUACUCAAAGAUGUGAAGAGCUAUCUAGAUAUCCGGUGAUACCAUUGUACUUAUGCAUAAGGGAAAUUUUUCUUUUUCCCUAAAACUCAAAAGAGUUUUCAUGUAGUGAUAACAGCAUAGGCUGCUUGUCACCUGUGCUCUCUAACCACCAGUCCGAGGAUCCAGUGCUGGUCUCCACUGCUGUACCAAUUUGAAGAUAACAGACAGCUCAGCAAAACAGAAUUAAGAAAACUAGAACGAGAGUUUGGUAGUUGUUAUAGCUUUCAUAGACUAAGUGUAACCUUUUUCUAAAACAAUUGGCCAUAAGAACAGCUUUGACUUCCGGUCAAAGCUGAAAGUAUGGGAAUGUUGGAUCCCAAAAUGUGUGUUUUGCUUUCUUUCUUUCUUUUUUUUUUUUUUUUUGCUUUUUGGGUCACACCCAGCGAUGCUCAGGGGUUACUCCUGGCUCUGCACUCAGGAAUUACUCCUGGCGGUGCUUGGGGGACCAUAUGGGAUGCCGGGGAUCGAACCUGGGUCGGCCGCGUGCAAGGCAAACGCCCUACCCGCUGUGCUAUCGCUCCAGCCCCUUGCUUUCUUUCUAAAUGAAAAAAUAGGCUUCCUUUUGUGUGGGUUGCUUGUGAUUAAUUAUCAGGCCUCAGAUAAGACCAGCAGUGUUCAAAGUGUGGCCCAUGGAGUCCCUGAGAGUCCUCACAGACCCUUCAAAGGGAUCUGGGAGAUUAAAAACUAUUUUCAUAAUAAUACAAAGACAUUAUCUUUUUCAAGCUCUGUCUAUCAAAAAGUAGCUGAAAAUUUAAAAGGAUGCCAAACAGAAACCUUGUGUUUCAGAAAAUGAUGAUUUCUUUAGAUUUUUAUUCAUGUUAGCAUGUAGUGAACUUUGAAAAUUUUUUUUAAAAUUUCUAGUUUUAUUCUCUACUCGGGCAAUUACUGAUAGCUAAAAAUACAUUUAAAAAUGCCCUCCAAGAGUAGAGGGGUCUGGAGACCAAAUUUUGCCAAUUUCUGAAUAAAGAAGUAAGAUAUUCUUGCAAUUUUCACAUCUGAAACACCUCGUAUUGGAUUCAGUAUGCCUCUUAGGAGAUACCAGAAUCGCAUUUUAAGAAUGAAUGCAGAAACUUGAAGCAAAAGCCACAGCCAAAACCAUAAACUGACCAAUGAUUUCAGUUUUUUAGACUGUUGGUCAAUUCCUUGUGAUAACUGGCAUUAGCCAUAGGUCUCAUGGAGGCAUUUGUUUAAAGAUAGGACUAACUAAAUGCAACUUUCAUCAAGAAAGUCUCUUUGGUUUGUUUAUUUUGGGUUUUACAUGUUCAAAACAACUCUUUUGGUACUCCAUCUAAUUUUAUAAGCUGAUUUUCUUAACAUUUAUUAUAAUUAAAGGGGCUUAUCUGGAAUAAUAUAUAUUUUUAUGCUUUUGCCUUUCUUAACUGAUUGAUAUUACAUUCACCUUUGAUCAUUUUUAAUAAAGGUUUAUUUUUGCAGGAUAUAUUUAGUACCUUUCUUAUGCAGGAACUAAAUCAAGCCUCUCAGUUUGCAUUUAAAUGAAAGAAAGGGCUCAGUGGUUUCCUGGUGGAAUGGUUUCCAAGUCUCCACGCAUAGUGGUUAUAUAUGGAUUCCUAGAACUGGCACUUUCUGGCUCCUUGCUUUGAAUAUCAGAGUGAAUUUUAUCUGUUUUAAAGUAAAUUCCAUGAUUUUUCUUCUGUUGCCCAGUACAAAUACAAAUGCUGUGUUUGAUUCCUUGUUAAUGAUGACUUUAAGAUUGAUCUGAUAUAAUAACUGUGGCAGUAGCUUUAACUUGGUUCUAUGUAAAUACCAUGGAUUUUAAAUUUUCACAUUUUUAAACACUUGGUUUACAUUAAAUUAUGGUAUUUAACUAUUUUUAUGUUUAUACUUGGUAAGGUUUUUCUUAUGUUUCUGUGUUUUUGGUAUGCUAAAUAAAGCUAUUUUUA